AUGAUGGGUUACUCUCAAUCUCGCGUUACAAUCGCAAUUUUGCUGUUUGCCGUGUUGAUUGCGGUCUGCCUUGCGGCACCGCCAGCGUUCCCCGCUCAAGAUCUUCAAAACGAAGAUUGGCCCAUGUUGGAGGAGGAAGCGUUGGAGAUGCCAGGAGAUGGAACUGACGGACUUCAUGAAGAAAAACGCGCAGUUUUCCGGAUGGGCAAAAGAGCUAUGAUGAGAUUUGGUAAACGUGCGGUGAUGCGAUUUGGAAAGCGAUCUGUGUUCCGACUUGGUUGA